AUGAAGUACAAUCUUAAAUCUCUGGUCCUUACAAUAGGGCUGGCUAUAUUUGCGGUUAUCAAGGCUUCAGAAACAGCAGAAGUAGAAAAUGCUGCGGAUUACUUUGUGAGGACACUACCUGGUCUUCCGGACAGUUCAUAUUUGAAAUCACAUGCCGGUCACGUUUUAAUAGAUGAACAAUCAGAGUCUUAUAUAUUUUUUUGGUUAAUGCAUAACCUUCAUAUUGCCGAUAAUGCUAAAUUAAUUAUUUGGCUCAAUGGAGGCCCCGGUUGUAUGGAUGGUGUAUUUCUUGAGACUGGACCUUUUAGGGUUAAUAAAGAUCAAACAUUAAGACCUUUUUAUGGAUCAUGGAAUGAAUAUGCUAAUGUGUUAUAUGUUGAUCAGCCUGUAGGCACAGGAUUUAGCUUCACGAAUCAAGAUUUUUAUGUGAGAAAUGCGACUCAAGUCCCGCAACAAUUCUUACUUUUUCUUGAUAAAUUUUUUGAAAUUUUUCCAGAAUAUUCUCAAGACGAUAUAUAUCUGGCAGGAGAGAGUUUUGCUGGGGUAUAUAUACCAUACAUAGCAGAUGGAAUUUUGAAACGUAACAUUGAAUCGAAUACAAAGUAUAAUUUGCGAGGAUUAGUUAUCGGCAAUGGAUGGGUCGAUCCUAGUACACAGUAUCCUUCAUACUACGAUUUUGCAAUUGCUAAUAAUCUCCUAGAUGGUGAUUAUAAAAAUCUUGCAGAGUUGCAAUUGAAAGAAUGUAAUGAAGCUUUAAAGAAAACGGUUGCCAUUAAGAUCGAUGCAUGCGAACAAAUUCUUAAUACAAUUUUGGAGAAUUCGCGAAAACGUAUUGGAAAAGUUGAUACAUGCAUAAAUCAAUAUGAUAUCCGAGAUCACUCAGAUUCAUAUCCUUCUUGUGGACUUAAGUGGCCAUAUGAAUUAGAUACUGUUUAUGAUUAUUUACGCAGACCAGAUGUUGUUAAAGAUCUUCACGCAACUAAAAAAAAAGAAUUAUGGGUAGAAUGUGACAAUACAGUUAAUGUAAGGUUUAAUGGUGAUCAAAGCCCACCUUCUAUAACUUUAUUCCCCGAAAUUUUGAAACAAAUUAAAAUAUUAUUAUUUAGUGGUGAUCAAGAUAUAAUUUGUAAUUAUAUGGGAACUGAAUCCAUGAUAAAAAAUUUGGAAUGGAAUGGUUACAAAGGAUUUCAGAAUAAUACAAAGUUACUUUGGUAUGUUAAUGAUACUCUUGCAGGACAUAUCGUUGCAGAGAGAAAUCUUACAUACGUUAAGAUAUUUAAUGCAAGUCAUAUGGUACCAUAUGAUGUCCCUCUUGCAACAAUGGACAUGAUGUAUAGAUUUAUGGGAUUGGAUCAUCAUAUUGUAAAUAAGUUCCCAUCAAAGGUUGAAUCAGAGGAAUUCGAUGAUGAUAAUAAUUCGAACUCUGAACAUAAAGAUAAUAAUGAAAUUUGGAAUCAUUAUUAUGAUGCUGGCACUACUACACUAAUAAUUGUUAUUUUUGGUGUACUUGGUUUGGCUGCAUUCAUAUUUCGAGGAAAAAUUAUGGGAAAAAUCAGGAGAAAUACUAAGCAAGGAAUGAGAGUAAACACCGAAGAAACCAAUGAAAUGGAUAAUUUUGGAAUUGAAACACAAUUAUCAGGUGAUUUGGAUCAUUUUGGUGAUAGUGAUGCUGAUGAUGAUGAUACUCAAAAAUUAAAUAAUCAUCAAGAGAAGUAUCAUGAUGAAGAAAAGAGAUAA